UCAACAUGAAGGUAUUCCUGAUCCUGGCUCUGGCUAUCGCCUCUGCUUCCGCAGGCUUUCUGCCUCAAACCAACUUCGUGCAUCCUCGUGACAGGACCAUCACUCCGACCAUUGGUGGACGCAUUACCAACGGAGAGAACGCAGUGGCGGAUCAGUUCCCCUACCAGGUGGGACUUAGCUUUUCCAGCUCCAAAGGCAGUUGGUGGUGCGGUGGCUCGAUUAUUGCCAACAACUUUGUGCUGACAGCUGCCCACUGCACCAGCGGAGCCUCUUCCGCCGUCAUCUACUAUGGAGCCACCGUUCGCACCAGCCCGAAGUUCACCCAAACCGUCUCCAGCUCGGACUUCAUCCAGCACGCCAACUACAUCUCGCUGACUGUCCGCAAUGACAUCUCCCUGAUCAAGACUCCUGCUAUCACCUUCUCGGCUGCCGUUAACAAGAUCGCUCUGCCUGCCAUCGCCAGCAGCUACUCCACCUAUGUUGGCCAGACUGCUGUGGCCUCCGGAUGGGGUUUGACUUCCGAUUCCGCCUCCGCCGUCGCCAAGAACCUGCAGUUUACCGACCUGACAGUCAUUUCCAACGCCGAUUGCCAACAGUCCUUCUCCAGUCUGAUUGUUACCAGCCGUGUCAUCUGCGUGGCCACUCCCAAUGCCCAUUCCACCUGCCAGGGUGAUUCUGGUGGUCCUCUGGCUCUUGAUGGCACUCUGAUCGGCAUCACCUCUUUCGGAUCCCCCGACGGCUGCGAGGUUGGAGCCCCUGCUGCCUUCACUCGUGUGACCAGCUACUUGGACUGGAUUAAGGAUAACUCAGGUGUUGAAGCCUAAGUCUAAAUAUUUUUCAAUAAAGAGCAUUAUAAAAA